UUUUUAAGAAGAUUCCCAUUGCCUCUGCCACGAAAAUUGGUUUUAGACACUUCUGUCUGACAGUAUGAAAGAAAAGGAAGAAUAUGUGUGGAUUUAAAAUUACUGUAUUUAUCAAGUUGUGGAUUGAGAAGUACUGGGGAUAGUGCUUGCUCUGUUGCUCAUUGUACAUCUACUGCAAAUUGUUUCUGAUGCAGCUGAGAAAAAUGCAGACCCUUAAAAAGGAACACGGACCUGUUGACACAAGUAGCAAUGUCGACAAAAUCAUGGUACUUAAGUCUACUUUAGCAGAAGUGUCUGAAGAAUUGUCUACAAAUGAAGAUAUACUACUUACUGAAGCAAGUAGUGGAAAAAGCAAAUCUUCAGCUUGCCGGAGAAAGCGAGAAUUCAUUCCAGAUGAAAAGAAAGAUGCUAUGUAUUGGGAGAAAAGGCGGAAAAAUAAUGAAGCUGCCAAAAGAUCUCGUGAAAAACGACGACUGAAUGACCUUGUCUUAGAGAACAAACUAAUUGCACUGGGAGAGGAGAAUGCCACUUUGAAGGCAGAGCUGCUUUCGUUGAAGCUGAAGUUUGGUUUAAUUAGUUCUACAGCCUAUGCCCAAGAGAUACAGAAACUCAGUAGCUCAACAACUGUGUAUUUCCAAGACUAUCAGAGUUCCAAAUCAAAUAUUAACUCGUUUGUAGAUGAACAUGAACCAUCUAUAGUUGGUAGCAGUUGUAUUUCUGUCAUUAAACAUUCUCCUCAAAGCUCAAUGUCUGAUGUGUCUGAAAUGUCAUCCAUAGAGCACACUCAACCAAGUCGUAUACAAAGCAACUGCAGAAGUCCUGAAAACAAGUUCCAGAUUAUAAAACAGGAGCCCAUGGAACUGGAGAGAGAGCCACGAGAUGACAGAGGUUCAUAUAAAGCAUCCAUAUAUCCAAACUACAUGGGAGCUGCCUUUAAUGUGUACUCACAUUCUCCUCCUCUCCUGCAAGUUAAUAGGUCCUCCAGUAAUUCCCCUAGAACGUCAGAAACUGAUGAUGGUGUAGUUGGAAAGUCAUCUGAUGGAGAAGAUGAACAGCAGGUUCCUAAGGGUCCAAUCCAUUCCCCAGUUGAACAUAAAAAUGUUCAUGCAACAGUUAAAGUUCCAGAAGUGAAUUCUUCAGCUUUGCCUCACAAGCUUCGAAUUAAAGCCAAAGCCAUGCAAGUUAAAGUGGAAGCAAUGGAUAAUGACUAUGAUGCAACACAGAAAUUGUCAUCACCCAUUGACAUGUCCUCAAAAAGACAUUUUGAGCUUGAAAAACAUGGUGCACAAAACUUAGUGCAUUCUUCUCACACUCCUUUCUCAGUUCAAGUGACUAACAUCCAAGAUUGGUCACUUAAACCAGAACUCUGGCAUCAGAAGGAACUCAAUGUAAAAAUUCAGAGUGGUUGCAAAACUGGAGUUGUUGAAAUAAAAGACAAUAUCUACAAUGUCUCUGAGUCAGAGAACCUGUAUUUGAAGCAGGGCAUAGCAAGCUUAUCUGCAGAGGUUGCUUCACUUAAAAGACUUAUAACUACACAACGAAUCUCUGCAUCAGACUCUGGUUAAAUUACUACUGAAUAAAGGAUGUCAGUUGCAGUAGAUCAGUAUGUUUUGUAUUAUGCUAAAUUUUCACUGGACUUGUGAUGUCAUUUCACUGUAAUGUUCACAUAAUGUCUAAUUGGUGUCUUUUUGUGCACAAAUUAUCAUGAAGGCUAGGUUGUGUUAUGAUCACUAUGCCUUGUGUAUAGUCAAGUAGCCUGUACAAGGGCUGUAUAUAGUGAACUUUAUUUUCUUUUUGUUCAACUAUAAAGUGUGCAAGUUACCAGUUACAAUAAAAUAUUGGUGACAAACA